UUAAAAAAUCACGUGAUCCAACCCUCGUGUCGUCCAUUACCGCCUUCUUGCAUUUUGCCUUAAACUUGAGGAAGAAUUACUGUUUUAGCUUUAAAAGAAGACUGUACUAAUGUCAGACAGUGAGGAGUCCGCCUUUAGUGAAGAAGAGGAGGAGGAGGAGGAGGAAGAAGAAGAUGAUGAAGAAGAAGAAAGAGAGUAUGGACACUUUAAGAAACGUCCAAGAUCUGAAUUCAUUCAAGAUGAAGCUGAGGAGACUGAUGAUGAAGAAGAUGAAUAUGAAGAAGAGGAACACGACUUUGUCAAGAUGACAUCCGGUCCAAGAGAUAAAGGUGUGUAUGAUGAGAGGGAUGUCACAGGUGCCAGGAACCUCAUGUUAAAGACGAUACUUACGGAAGAGAACGAGGACGAGGUGGAGGCUUAUCUUAAACAGAAAUAUGCUUCAGCUCCUUCGGCUAGUGUUGAGGAAAUGGAGGAACAGCCAAGAGAAAUAAUACAACAGAGUUUGUUACCAGGUGUCAAAGAUCCAAACUUGUGGACUGUUAAGUGCAGGAUAGGUACAGAGAAAGAGACAGUGAUGACUUUAAUGAGGAAAUUCAUUACAUUACAAACCACUGAUACACCUCUCCUUAUUAAGAGUGCUACAGCUGUUGAAGGUCUCCAUGGUUACAUAUACGUUGAAUCUUACAAGCAGCAGCACGUCAAACAAGCGAUAGAGGACAUUGGUAACCUGGCGAUGGGCAAAUGGAACCAGAUGAUGGUUCCGGUCAAUGAAAUGACGGACGUCCUUCGUGUGGUCAAGGACUCGGCCAGUCGUAACCUGCGGCAAGGAUCCUGGGUCAGGAUCAAGAGGGGGAUAUACAGGGAUGAUAUUGCACAGGUUGAUUAUGUUGAUACUUCACGUAAUAAGGUGGUCUUGAAGAUGCUCCCUCGGGUUGACUAUACUUCGAAGAAAGGAGCUCUCAAAGGAACUGAUGAUGAUGCUAAUAGGAAGAGAAGAAAAUCACGACCACCUGCUAAACUGUUUGAUCCAGAGGCCAUCAGAGAGUUAGGAGGACUGAUAUCUUAUGAUGGAGACUUUCUCGUGUUUGAAGGAAAUCACUUUAGAAACGGGUUCAUGUACAAGCAGUUUGGAAUGAACGCCAUUAUUUUUGAAGGAGUCAAGCCUACAUUAGGUGAACUAGAAAAGUUUGAAGCGACACCUGAAGAAGUUGAAGUAGAAGUGAGCGGUAGUGCCAUUGGAGCAGCUGGUCUUGAGCCUGGUGACCUCGUUGAAGUCUGUGAAGGCGACCUCAUGCACCUCCAGGGGUCAGUGAUAUCGAUUGAUGGGAAUAAUGUGACGGUUUUACCAAAACACGAGGACUUACGAGAUCCGCUGGAGUUUAACAUAUCAGAAUUGAGGAAGUUCUUUCAAGUUGGGGAUCACGUUAAAGUGAUUGCAGGGAGACACGAGGGGGAGACGGGGCUGGUCGUUAGGAUUGAAAAUAACUUGGCAAUCAUCUUUGUAGACCUAACAAUGCAUGAGUUGAAGGUAAGGCCGAGAGACCUUCAGUUGUGUCUUGAGAAAAGCAGCGGAGUGGACACCUCAGGUCACUUCCAACUGGGAGAUCUUGUCAUGUUGGACCAGCAGACUGUUGGGGUCAUCACUAGAAUGGAGAAAGAGGUUUUCAAAGUGCUGACUCAGCACGGUAAAGAGCAAAGCGUCAAACAGCACUCAGUCCAACUGAGGAAGACCAGAGCCGUAGCACUGGACUCACACCAGAACUCAAUUUCUGCUAAAGACAUUGUGAGAGUUGUCAAAGGGACACAUAUUGGUAAACAAGGUGAAGUUAAACACGUCUACAAAGGAUACGUCUUCAUUCAUGCACGAAAUGUCAUGGAAAAUGGCGGAGUCAUAGUCACCCGUUCGAAGGACCUUGAGCUAGCUGGUAGUACCAGUAACGCUCAGGCGCUCACUGGGUUUCAGAGUCCUCGACUGGCUAGUCCUAGUCCUCAUAGAGGGGGUGGGCGGGGCAGAGGAGGCCGUGGCGGGGGAGGAGGAGGAGGAAGGUUCAAUACUCGUGACACGUCACUCAUUGGGAAAACUGUUAAGAUAAUACAGGGACCCUACAAAGGUUAUGUCGGUAUCGUUAAAGACUGCACUGAUUCAACUGCUCGUGUUGAAUUACAUACAAAAUGUCAAACAAUCAACGUUGACAAGACACGCCUCUCAGUCAUAACAGGUCAAGAGAGUGCUGGUAUGAUGUCUUCUUGGGGGCGUACCCCUCAAUUUGGAGCUGCUACCCCGGCCUAUGGUAACAUGACCCCAUUACCAGGAGGAGGAGGGAGGACUCCUCUCUAUGGGUCAAUGACACCUUCUCAUAGUGGAGAUGGUGGUCGUACCCCUAGUUACAAUAACCCUGGUUACAUGACCCCGUCACAUGAUCCUUCCCGCACUCCUCUCCAUGGAGGCAGUGCUUGGGAUCCAAGUAUUACCAACACUCCAGCGAGAACUGAUGAAUGGACCAACUAUGGAUCAGCACCUUCACCUUCAGGGACGUAUGCUAACCCAGCAACACCAGGUAGUGUCCAGUAUGACAACCCCAGCACUCCCAGUGCAUACAUUGCUGACUCACCCCAGAGUAACUCUUCUUCACAUUACGGAUCACACUACAGUGCCAGGACCCCCAUGUACUCAUCUGAUUACAAAUACACUCCGUCUCCUACCAAUUAUAAUCCAAUGACCCCCGGGAGCAAUCUUGAAUAUAGUCCCAGGACCCCUGGGAGCCCCCUUGACACUGGUGACCUUGGCUUUCCUCCUGAUAUUGAAGUUAUGGUCAAAGACCUUUAUCACGAUUCCAGUCUAGCUGGUAAAGUGGGCGUGAUCAAGAGUGCCGUUGGUGGGCGUGUCUCUGUAUAUCUCUAUGACGACGGUCAGGACGUGGACAUACCAAUGUCCUUCCUUACCCACGUGCCACCGAUGAAAGGAGACAAGAUAAAGUGUAUUAAAGGAGUUCAUACUGGCAAUACUGGAUACCUCAUGAAUAUUGAUGAGGGAGACGGUAUCGUCAAACUAGAUUCUGACGGUUCCCUUAAGAUCAUAACUCUUAAUGAACUAGCUAAACUCGUUACCAGGACCUGACA